UUCAACUCGCGAGUGACAAGCGGCGCACGCAAGCGCCACAAGAUCCCACAAGAUUCGAUCUUGUUCGAAUAUAUCCAUUAUUCCCGACCACCGAUCCCGUGCGAUCUAAACCGCGGGUGCUGUUAUUUAUUUUUUUUUUUGGCAUUUUUUUUUUCUUCUUGCACCAUUCGCCCCCCUUCGGGUCCUUUACUGUGAAGUGGAAUAAUAACGAACCAGCGCAAUCUCAUAAAUUUUUUUUAAAGUGCACAUCGUGUCGAGGAUAAUCCCACGAUAACCAGCAACCACCCGGCAUGAUGCCACUACGCCUGACCCUUAUCCUGGCCCUCUGCUGUUGUGCCGCCCAGGCGGUGCUCAGCGGCAAGGAACUGAAGCGCCGCGAGGCCGGCUUCGACACAUACGGCCCACCGCCCAGGCCUGCCCCCCAGUACGGGCCACCGCCUCAGCAGCAGCACGUGCCCCAUCGGGAGUACGGUGUGCCACAGCAGAUACCCUUCCGGGAGUACGGACCGCCGGCCAUUAAGUACGGCCCGCCGAAGCUCAACUUCCUGAGCGGCGGAGGCGGCGGCGGUGGAGGUGGUGGUCUCCACGAGCAGAUCAAGACCCACUUCGGAGUGCCCAAGCCCUUCUACGGACCGCCCCACAUCCAGCACAAGCCGGCGCCCCAGUACGGACCCCCGCCACCGAAGCCAGCUCCACAGUACGGACCCCCUCCCCAGCCCGCACCCCAGUACGGACCUCCUCCUCCUCAUCAUCCGGCGCCCCAGUACGGACCCCCGCCACCAAAGCCCGCCCCGCAGUACGGACCUCCGCCCCAGCCCGCUCCUCAGUAUGGACCUCCGCCGCCGCAGAAGAUCAUCCACCGUCCGGCGCCGCAGUACGGACCUCCUAAGCCGCAGUAUGGACCACCCCCACCACCGCCCCAGUCCCUGCCAGCGCCCCAUGCCGCUCCUCUCUUCCGGCCCGCCCACCAGCCGGCCUCUUCGUACGGCCCCCCAGCCUCUGGACCCCUGAACCUGCCGCCCAAGCAGAUCUUUGACGCUCCACCCCCCAACUACGGACCUCCACCACUGCCAGUGGCUCUGCCAGGACCCCCACCACCGGCCACCACCAUUAUCCUGAGCGGCGGCGGCGGUAUCGGCGGCGGACACUCCGGACCCAGUGGACCCGGACCAGUGAAGCAGGUGCAGAUCCAGAUCGACGCCUCCGGACACACCCACAGCGUGAGCGGCUCCCAAGCGCCCUUCCACACGGCCUGUGACGGCUGGAAGCCGAUCCCGGCUCCGGUGGGCGCCUACGUGGAGCAGAACCACAUCGAGACCCAGGGAGGAUACAGCCAGGUGGCCCAGGGACAUGGCGGUGGCUUCGGAACCCAGUACAGCUCGGUCGGUGCCUCGGGCAACGGCGGCAGCAGCAUUGUGGACGGACUCUCGGACGAGCAGCUCGUGGCAGUGGCCCUGCAGGGAGGCAGCGACGGCGGCCAGGUGAUCACCGGACCAGGAUCCAACUCCAUCGAGACGGAAGCCCUUCAGGUCGCCAUUGGAUCCCUGGACGACACCUACUCCAAGCCCCCCUCUGACUCGUACGCUCCUGGCUCGGUGCAUGCCCAGAAGUACCAGACCAUCGGACACUCGGGACCUCCACCACCGCCUCCCGGCGGUAACUACGGUCCUCCACCACCCCCGCCAGGCGGCAACUACUUGCCCCCACCUCCUCCCGGCGGCAACUACGGUCCUCCUCCACCACCCCCUCAGUUUGCGGCUCUCACCAGCAGCAGCAGCAGCAGCCACGCCCACUCCAACUCGCAGUCGAAUGUGAACAUUCAGUACGGUCCCCCGCCCUCCGGCAACCCUCAGCCCUUCCCGCAACACGGAGCCGGACAGCCCAACAAGCCAGUGGCCUACAGGCCCCCAGUGCCCGCUGGUCUGCUGGAAUCCAUUGGAGCCACUGUGCAGCACCUGGAUCUGUUCGGAGUUAAGCCCGCCCAGCAGCCGAGCACCUACAUCCCGCCCGCAGCCAAUGAGAUUGCCCUGCCAGGCCCUCCGCCUGCCCCUCUGCCCGCUCCCCAGGCCCUAUACCAGCCGCCACCACCACCGCCCCAGCAGCAAGCCCCGCCCCAGGUGAUUGUUCAACAACAGCUGCCCGCCCCCCAGCCCGGCCCGGCCUUUGUUCACCAGCAGAAGCAGUUCGGACCUCCGGGCCCCCCGCCGCCGCCAGAGCCCCAGUAUCUGCCGCCUCCGCCAGUGGCCAAUGUGCGUCCUCUGGGACCCCCACCACCGCCGCCACCAUCGCAGCAGUACCUGCCAGCCGCCCCGCCACCACCGCUCUUCUUCCAACAGCAGCAGCAGCAGCAACAGCACCACCACCACGUCGAGAACAGCUACAGUGCCUCGCAGUACCACUCGCAGGGCCUGCCACUGCCCCAGCAGGCGCCCCGCUUCAGCCAACUGCCCCUGCAGCAGCCCCAACAGCCCCAGCCCAUCAUUAUCCACGACUGCGGCCAUGGCCCGAAUCUGGUGAGCAGCACUGGCUACCAGGUGCAGCAGCAGCAGCAGCAGCAGCAACAGGUCCAGCAGCAGUUUGGCAGCAUAUCGGCCGCCUCGGCAGGAGCUUACAAGGCCAUCGCCCAGAGCAUUCCGGUGGCCGAGCAGCACACCCAGCAACUGGUGGCAGGACCCGCCGACAGCUACGGACCCCCACCCUCCGGCAACGACAUCGACUUUGAUCACACCGGCUACGCCUCGCAGAAGAACGCUGUGGCUGCUCUGCCCGACGGCACGGAUCCCCAGCAGCUGCCCGGCCUGGACGGCCUGGACGUGCUCUCCGCCCAGAAGUCGCAGAGCAUCCAACUGAACGGCCAGCAGCCCACCCAGAACUUCCAGGUGCAGUUCGGCGGAUCGCUGAACAAUGCCCCCGGAGCCGCCACCGGAGAUGCCAACCACGAGGAGAUUCUCUCGCAGGGUCUGCUCCAGUCGAUCCUUACGGCCAUCGAGCAGCCCAACCAGCAGAGUCUGCCCCAGAACCACAAGGCCCAGAGCCGCUCCGACGAGCAUGGCGCUGAACACGCCGAGGAUCAUGCCGCGGGAGAUGCGGAGGACCAUGAGGAUGGGGAGGAGGAGCAGUCGGUUAGCUCGUCGAACCGCGUGGAGGUCCGCGUCCUGCCCGAGGACGAGGAGGAGACCCCCGCCGAGGUCAAGCAGAUCGAACCGAUCGUGGUCAACGAGGAGGAGGAGGCCAAGCAUUAGUCACCACUAGUUAGUCACUAACUAUAGCAUCGACCUCAUCAGCGCCGCUUGAAUCUAUUUAUUGCUGCCUCAUCCAAACUCAUCCCAUCAUUCCACAUACCCCACAUGCCCCAUACACUCUAUAGAGCCCUUUCCCCGCCCCCGCCCCUGCCCCUG